AUGGUCCUUGGUAACAAACACCUAUUGUUGGUUUUAUGCAGUUUCACUCCCUCGUUUUAGAAGGGGGGGAUAUAACAUAUGCAUAUGAUAUAUGCUAAAUGACUAAAAUGUAAAUGUAAUUAUAUUUUGAAUUGUUUAAUGAUCACUUUAUAUUGAUAGCUAACAGGUUGCUGGUCUUUUUGACAGGGAAACAAUGUGUCUGCACAGCGGGCUGUGUCAGGUGAGUGUUUUGAAACUGCGUGUAAAUCACAGUAGUUGAACCCAACUCUUUCCUUUAUGAAGUAUACUGAACAAAAAUAUAAAUGGAACAUGUAAAGUGUUGGUCACAUGUUUCAUGAGCUAAAAUAAAAGAUCCCAGAAAUGUUCCAUACGCACAAAAAGCUUAUUUCUUUCAAAUGUUGUGCACAAAUUUGUUUACAUCCCUGUCAGUGAGCAUUUCUCCUUUGCAAGAUAAUCCAUCCACCUGACAGGUGUGGCAUAUGAAGAAGCUGAUCAUUACACAGGUGCACCUUGUGCUGGGGACAAUAAAAGGCCACUCUAAAAUGUGCAGUUUUGUCAUAACACAAUGCCACAGAAAAUAUAAUGAUAAUUUCUCUACCAUAAGUCGUUUUAGCGAAUUUGGCAGUACGUCCAAACAGCCUCACAACAGCAGACCACAUGUAACCACGCCAGCCCAGGCCUUUUCACCUGCGGCAUUGUCUGAGACCAGCCACCCGGACAGCUGAUGAAACUGUGGGUUUGCACAACCAAAUAAUUUCUGCACAAACUGUCAGAAACCGUCAUCUGCAUGCUCGUCAUCCUCACCAGGGUCUUGACCUGACUGCAGUUCGGCGGGCAAAUGCUCACCUUCGAUGGCCACUGGCACGCUGGAGAAGUGUGCUCUUCACGGAUGAAUCCCAGUUUCAACUGUACCAGGCAGACGUAUUUGCGUCGUGUGGGCGAGUGGUUUGCUGAUGUCAAAGUUGUGAACAAAGUGCCCCGUGGUGACGGUGGGGUUAUGGUAUGGGCAAGCAUAAGCUACAGACAACGAACACGAUUGCAUUUUAUCUAUGGCAAUUUGGAUGCACAGAUAUACCGUGACGAGAUCCUGAGGCCCAUUGUCAUGCCAUUUUUCCGCCGCCAUCACCUCAUGUUUCAGAAUGAUAAUGCACGGCCCCAUGUCGCAAGGAUCUGUACACAAUUCCUGGAAGCUGAACAUUUCCCAGUUCUUCCAUGGCCUGCAUACUCACCAGACAUGUCACCCAUUGAGCAUGUUUGGGAUGCUCUGGAUCGACAUGUAUGACAGCUUGUUCCAGUUCCCUGCCAAUAUCCAGCAACUUUGCACAGCCUUUGAAGAGGAGUGGGACAACAUUCAGCAGGCCACAAUCAACUGCCUGAUCAACUCUAUGCAAAGGAGAUGUGUCACGCUGCAUGAGGCAAAUGGUGGUCACAUGAGAUACUGACUGGUUUUCUGAUCCACGCCCUGCUUUUUUUUUUUUUUUGUAUCUGUGACCAACUGAUGCAUAUCUGUAUUCCCAGUCAUGCGAAAUCCAUAGAUUAGGGCCUAAUGAGUUUUGACUGAUUUCCUUAUAUGAACUGUAACUCAGUAAAAUCUUUAAAAUUGUUGCAUAUUGCGUUUAUAAUUUUGUUCAGUGUAGUUUGAGAUUCUGCACUAGAACUCAGUACUGUUGUCAUCUGUCCUGCAGGAUUGUCAGCUAGCCGUAGUGUCACUGUCAACAACCCUACGUAAGUAUUAUAGCUACACCAUUGACCUGUCUUCUCAUUGGAACAUUGCUUCAGCUGUGUUUUAGCCUUGUAUUGUGCAGUUAUACUUUCUGUAUUGACUGUUUUUAUUUGUAGGAAAUGUGAAGCCAGGUCCAGCGUCUUCCAAAUCAGAUACUUCAAGACAUCUGUAGCUUGCAGUAUGUAUUAGCCUGGACACCCAUCCUUUUUAUUUGACCCUUGUGAUCUAAGCAGUAAUGUGAUUUUGUGUAACACUACAAGAGUUGUAUGAAGUCAGUAUUGUGUUGUCUCUGUCUUUUUAGGGAAUGAAGUCAUCACAGUAAAGACACCUGCAUUUGCAGAGUCAGUCACAGAGGGGGAUGUUAGGUGGGAGAAAGGUACAGUAACUUAUGUGUGUUUCUCUGUCCGUUUGUCUCUGUGUUCAUUGUUCUCAUUCAGAUGUUGGUUGCAGGCAGGUAGAUAUUUAUCUGUUUGCCACUCUAAAUGCAACUCUCUCUUUACAGCGGUUGGUGAUUCUGUCAAAGAGGAUGAGGUGGUUUGUGAAAUUGAGACGGACAAGGUAUGACAGUUCUGGAAUUAUUUAAUGGUCACUGAAUCACUCACCUUUUGAACUGCCAUUUUUACAACAGCCUUAUAAAGUAAUAAACUAACAGUUGACUGUAGAUUGUUAGAGUAACAGACCCAUGGGAAGAUGUAUCAUCAUGGUCCUUGAUGGUUUGUGUCGCUCCACAGACAUCAGUGCAGGUGCCGUCUCCUGCUGCUGGGGUGAUUGAGGAGCUGCUGGUCCCUGAUGGGGAGAAGGUCGAAGGAGGACAGGCUCUCUUCAAACUCCGGAAAGGAGGUCAGUACCACUGAGUUUACCACAUUUUUAACAAAUCUUCUAAAUUCAAGACACAUGGUAGAUGUUGUGUUUACAGAGCUAUUAGAUUAUACACAUUAUACCUACACAGUAAACACAUUGCUAUUGUCUAAUAUUAAUCUUGCCUAAUGCAUUCUUAUACCUUUCUCUCUGCAGCUGUUGCUGCCCAAGCUGCAGAGUCCCCAGCAGCAUCAGUAGCAGCCCCUCCACCCCCUGCUGCUGCCACACCCCCCUCUCCUGCUCCCUCUGCAGUGGGCCCCAUCCCUACCACUAUGCCCCCAGUGCCACCCGUGCCAGGAGCUGCCAUCUCUGCCAUACCAGGUUAGUCUGUCAGCCACUCAAUGGACUCAUUGUCAUGUGAGAAGUAUUUAGCGUGACCAGUGUGCACUGUUGAUUAUGGAAAUAGGAUAAAUCACUUGGCCCUUGCCUGUUGACAGUGACACUUGCUAAUGGCUAAGAAGAGGUGGCGUGGCAACUAAAAACUCCUGUUCCCCUGUCUGUUCGGUACAGUUUCAGCCAUCAAACCCACUGCUGCUCCUGCUUCCCCAGCCGCUGUCACAGAUGGAAGGGCUAAACCAGACAGAACAGAGCACAGGGUGAGGCAUCAUAAUCAGGAAUACUGCAGUAAAGGAGACAGAUUAUUAUUAUUAUUAUUAUUAUUCACAAUGGCUCAGACCAUAGUGUUGGUAGAGUAUGCAACAACCAAAACAGUAUCUGAUAGUAUGUAUAGCUGUUGUGAUGUUUUCUCUUAAGAUAAAAUAUUUCUGGGAAAAUUCUUAAAAUAGUGAUUUUUUUUGUUUUUCCUAAUUUCUGUCUCAGGUGAAGAUGAACCGUAUGCGUCUGAGAAUCGCCCAGAGACUGAAGGAAGCCCAGAACACCUGCGCUAUGUUGACAACAUUUAAUGAGGUCGACAUGAGGUAGGCAAUAACAGAAUAGUUGUCUUACAUUAUCAAGCCCUAUCACUAUUAGAUAGGAAAUGGGUCAUAAGGGAGCUGAUUACUCAUCUAGCACAUAUUAAACAUUACUACCACACUGUAUACAUUUAUAUUAGGGAUUAUAUGUCCUUUCUAAAAUAAACGUAUCUGGAUGAAGUAAGGUCAAAAGCAAAGAAAGGCUAUACUUCUAGGUGUUAUUCAAGCUGAGACCAUACAGACAAUGGUUAUAGAUUUGAAUCUGCUCAAUAGGAAAAGCUUUUUGAAACCCGAUGCCCUCUUAAACGAUGGAAUGUAAAUAUUUGGUCGUAAUAUUGGUGAAAACAAAGAUAAGAUUUCUUAAAACAGGGGCUUUAUUCAUUUACAAGGAAAGGUUAGUGCCCACAUUUGACCCCUGUGCUAAAGAUGACACUUUGAGGAUUUAUUUUCCAUGCAAAUGCGGGGUGUCAACUUUCAGCUAUUCAGGGAUUUCUCUGCAUCCUAAUUGAAUUGGCAUUGAUGGUCUGGAGGAAGACUUCCAGGCCUGGGCUCAUCUGUAGCCGAAGGAGCAGUCAGACCAGGAGACCAGAGCAUCUACUGGGGCCCACAGAGACCUGCGCUCUGAGUGGACGAGCUGCCUCAACCGAUAUGGGCUUUUAUGACAGGCCAAUAAGAUUUAGAGGGUUUGGAAAGUGAAGAUUUUUAUCGCUUCUUCUCUCCUUUCUCAGUGUCUUGGGAGAGGCUAAUGCCGUUAGCGAAGAAACCCUAGAGUUUAAACCAGGUUAAACAAUUAAAAAGAGAUACAAGAGUCCCUUUUCAUCAUACAGAGGAGAAAUGACCAAUGGUGAAACAUUAGCCCAGUGUCAAUAGCACUUAAUCACCAUGACCUGGAGAAGCUGAACUUUUACCAAAAACUGUGGGUAGUUUUUUUAGGUUUGGUUGAAAAUAUUGAGUGUAAUGCAUGUAUGCUAUCUAUCAAUAUGAGAGCUGUCUAUGACAAAUGUAUUUGUUUGUCGAUUUAUUCCAAAAUUUCCAGAAAAUAAUUAGGUUAGGACGACAGCAUUUUGACUUGGUCUAAUUCUCUCCACAGCAACAUCAGUGAGAUGAGGAAGGCCUACAAAGACGCUUUCCUGAAGAAACACAACAUCAAGCUCGGCUUCAUGUCUGCCUUUGUCAAGGCUUCAGCAUACGCUCUGAUGGAACAGCCUGCCGUCAACGGAGGUGUGCUCUUCUUUCCCAGAAUUUGCUUUACUUCUCAUAUCAGUCUGAAUAAGGAAACACACAUUUAGUAUCCACUGGUGUCAGGUGUAUGUGGUUAAGUUGGUUAAGAACUAGAACGAGAUUUACAUAGACAACCGUACUUAGUGUGUACUCUGCCAAUGCCUCUCUGGCCUAUUUAAACUAGCCACAGUCAAGAAGUGGUUCAUCUUCACUGGUAACGUAUAUGUGGCUAAAAUUGUCUGUGGGUCCCCCCCUCCCCACAGACACACAAAACGCUAUAUGCUUCAAGGAAGUGAAUCAUAGACGCUAAAGCAGACUGUUCUCUCUGCUACCGCACGGCAAGCGGUACCGGAGCGCCAAGUCUAGGUCCAAAAGGUUUCUUAACAGCUUCUACCCCCAAGCCAUAAGACUGCUGAACAAUUAAUCAAAUGGCCACCUGGACUAUUUACAUUGACCCCCCCCCCCCUCCCCUCCCCUCCCUAUUUACAUUGACACUGCUGCCACUCGCUGUUUAUUAUCUAUGCAUAGUCACUUUACCCCUUUAUUACCUUGACUCACCUGUACCCCCGCACAUUGACUCGGUACCGGUACCGCCUGUAUAUAGCCUCGUUGUGUUGCUUUAUAUUUUAUUUUUUACUUUAUUUUAUUUAGUAAAUAUUUUCUUAACUCCAUUUCUUGAACUUCAUUGUUGGUUAAGGGCUUGUAAGUAAGCAUUUCAUGGUAAGGUCUAUACCUGUUGUAUUCGUUUGCAUGUGACAAAUACAAUUUGAUUUGAUUUAAAGUUUAUUAGUUAAUACAGUAUUUAACAUUUUCAAACUUAUUUUCAUACCUUUUCUCUUUUUAGUCAUUGACGACACCACCAAAGAGAUUGUGUACCGGGACUACGUGGACAUCAGUGUGGCUGUAGCAACACCAAAGGUAAUGCCGAUGGUUGGCUACUCACAUUGAACACUUUUACAACAGGGCUAAUAUACAUUAACCAAAAUUCUGAAUAUCUCAUUCGUCCUGUCUCGCAGGGCUUGGUGGUGCCUGUCAUCCGUGGAGUGGAGGGAAUGAACUUUGCUGACAUUGAGAAGACCAUCAACAAGCUGGGGGAGAAGGUAGGAGAACAUGGAUUUCUCUGUACUUUAUGUUUGGACUUUGUUGUGCAUUCUCUAAGUUGAUGAUGUUGAUUGCAGGCCCGUAAGAAUGAGCUGGCCGUGGAAGACAUGGAUGGAGGAACCUUCACCAUCAGCAACGGUGGCGUGUUUGGAUCCAUGUUUGGCACGCCCAUCAUCAACCCUCCGCAGUCUGCCAUCCUGGGAAUGCAUGGCAUCUUCGAGAGGCCAGUGGCCAUCGGGGGCAAGGUGGGUGUUGGCUCUGUUCUGUAGACUUUGAUUUACCUCAUAUAUUGUAGAUUCAUAUCUCAGGAGACCCCCUUAUCAUAUGUGGAAUAGAGACAGACAGGAAGCAGUAUUUGUCUGUCUCUGAAGCGCCUCCUCCUCUGCUACAGGUGGAGAUCCGCCCCAUGAUGUACGUGGCUCUGACGUACGACCAUCGCCUCAUCGACGGCAGAGAGGCGGUCACCUUCCUGCGUAAGAUCAAGACUGUGGUAGAAGAUCCCAGAGUGCUGCUACUGGACAUGUGAGCCAGCCUCCCCACAGUCAAUGGCUAAACAAACCAACCUACCGCCCUUCACACGCAGCAGCUAUACCUGCCUGAUGAUGAUCCUAAACUGCAGACGUUUUAUUGUGUUGGUUAACUAGGCAAAGGGAUACUUGAAUAGACCAAAAGGUGCAUUGGACUUAUUGCAUGGGCUGAAAUUGUGAAAAUAUUGAUGCUAAAUGUUGUGUGUCUAGGGCAGGGAGAGAGUGUUGUACAACUCAAAGCGUAAUUUGCCAUUUUCUACCUACAAUAAAUAUUUGUCAAAUAAUUGUAAUAUAAAUGGCAAAAAAUUGCAUUAAGUAUUUUUCAUUUAUUUUUGCUGAGAAAAUAACAAUUGUUACCUAUCACAAGAUGGACUGCAACAUCACUAUAGCCUAAGAUGUUCAUGGUACAGGUUGUUGAUGCUUUGUUACACUGAUGAAAUCAAUGGGUCCUGACAUCUGAUUCACGCUCACUAAGAAAAUGUUUCUGCUGUUAAAAAAAUAAUAUUUUUACCAAUGAAAUCUUAACUAUGCAUUUUGUUUUCUGUUUACACAGACACUUGCCUUUUUUACAGAAUGCUGUCAAAAUGAUUGCCGAUAAGAGCAAUUCAGAAACCAGGUGGCUGGCGUGUAGUUUAAAAUAGAUAUUGCCAGGCCUUGGAAGCUUAAAAGAAAUGGAGACAUUUAAAAAGAGACUGAGAACACGCCACAUCACUUACAAGUCAG